UUUACCAAAAUCAGUCUUAAUCUGAACACGAUAUUAUGAAUUCUACCGUACUUUCACGGUCUUUUUCCAGAGUGGUUCAACGAUAGAUUGAUUCAACUGCCGUAAAUGAACUAUUAGCAAUCUUGUGUGAGGAAUUAAAAUGUGUUAUAAUGUAACACUUAAGUAUAAGAUGUGUCCUGACUAAUAAAUUUCAUGAAAUCUAGCAAGCGCCAUAUCUAAGCCAACUCCUGACUGUUAAAUUGUGUUAGAACCAGUUAACGAUUAAAAUCCUAACAUGAACUGUGAAUUUACAAACGGUGAAUCAAAUUUAGACCACAUGUUAGCGCAAGAAUUAGCUACGCGUGUUGGGGAAACUGUGGCGUCGUCGUCGUUACGAUUAAUUUUUGUUAAACAAAGGUUUUCUCUUUUUAUUAACUACGAAAACCAGCUAAACUUAACCUAGCUAACUCACCACGUGGUUACUCUCAUAACGAAUACACCAAGAGUGACCGCCACCGAACAGAAUGACUCAUCUACCAAGCCAGCCAACUUCUACCAACUCUCUCAAUAAAAUUCCCUAGUAGAACUACUAUCUACCAGGAAAAAACUAAACAUGCACCUGGUUGCCUAUGUUUAACGAUUUUCUUGAUUGAUUUUUUUUUUUCUAAUUCAAAUUCGGUCACCACAAUGUGCAAAAUAUGGUGAGUUUUUACUUGGGAUUUAUCAUAGCAUUCACAUUUUUUAGAUUUGCUUAUACAGGUGGCUCAAAAUAAUUUUGAGGUUCUAGGUAUUCCUGUUUGGAAAAAAUUUGAAAGUGCUUUGGGGUCUCAAGUGUCUUUUCUUAAUAACAGCUUGUUCUGUCGUCUCUGAUAUUUAUUAAGACAGGCACAUCCCUGUAACCAGAGUCAUCUUCCCAUUACAUAGAGACAUGUUCUAAAUUUUUUAGUACCAGUUUGGAAGUAAGUUUCGUUUCGUUGUUUAUUCUGCUGAACAAGACACUUUCAUCGUUAUGUGUUGUUAUCGCAAUGGGACUUCGUAAACGAAGAGUGUGUGUAUUCCGUAACCGCUUGUAAGCAAGAAAAUCUGGCCAAAUACCGUGAUUUAAUAAUUCAAGAAACAUCGUUAAAGGCACAUUAGAGAUGUAAUCGACAGAUUUGUUCAAACUGGCAGUAUCUCGUGGAAGACUUCAUCUGAGGAAAUUGUUGAUGAUUUUUCAACAUUCACUGUGAUGUUUAACCGCAAUAAAUUUGUGUCUUUUUAUCGUAAUGAAUUAGUUUUAUUUUUUAAAAACAUGAAGCGUUUAGGCAACCAGUUAUACACAGGUGUGAUCUUUGCCAUGCGGUUAGUAUAGAUCUCCGUAAUUAAAUCUGAGAGGCGGCACGUUUACAUGACCUACUGCGACCCGAUAAUCAUUUAUAGAAACCCUGUAUCGUCAUUUUUGAUACUUUUUCUUGUUCUUCUAAAGCUUCUUGGGCAAUAGUUUCAUCAUCCGUAAUUUCGCAGCCGAAGUCACUUUUGUCACAAGACAACCACUCCACGUGUCCGGGCCGAAAUGUUUUUCCAAUUAAAAAACUCACAAGAAGCGUUCCACUAAUUCAUGACUUGCAGCCAGGCAGCCACCUGCACAAAGAGCUGCCGCCGAGUUUUUUUGCACUAUCGCUUCUCAUUCUUAUUUCCUUUUUUAUCGUCGAAUUAAGCAUAGCGCACAAGAUUGGAAUUUUCGUGUUUUAUACAUAAUUUAGCCUAAAUAAUCACGAAAGUAAAACGUUAACGCAAUAAUUAUUAGACUGACAAAGGAAUUUACUUUGACCCAAUACACAAUCAAUACAAUCAAAAGACAAAACUAUAUACCACGAAGCACCGAAGAAAGCGUCCUAAAUUUUCUGCAAACAAACGUCUAUUUUGUUGCUUUCUCCGGUGACAAUUCGUCGAGUACUUACUAAGUACCGAGCAAUGUUUUAUUCAACACCGUCAUUAUGUUAUCACUUGGCUUGAGUUUUUUCCGAAGUUUUAUAUUUCUAACAACUUUAUUGGUACGGAUAGUACCGACUAUUAAAAUUAUCACUCUUGCCUAAUUACGAAGCAAGCGUCCUCUUACUUUUUCUAGCUAUUGCAUUAGGUACCUGUCGUAAUUCCAAGCCAGUCGCGGCUACAUUUACAUGCAAUAGAGCACGUUUAUUUACACUUUCACUCAACGAAAAGCUCCCGGCAGCACGCAAACAAUAAAAAUAACGCAAUAAGCACGUGGCGAGUGGUGGUAUCGUCCGAUUCGUGAAACCACCAGCACCACUCCGUUCAAAGAUGGACGAAGAACUAGUCAAGGAUGCCUUCCAUAACAACAACGACGUAGAGUGGCUGAAAUUCCCGUUCCAAAUAAACGACCUGGAUGACAAAACCAACGAGGAACUACUGAACCACUUCACCGGGGAGCGCACUGGGUUCGUCCAAGUCGGCCCCAAAAAGUGGUUCUUCCCGAGCGGGUACAGGAAAAACGCGGAAAUUUACUACAACUUCCAGGCGCGCCCGUCGGAUGUGUGGGUCAUCACUUUUCCGAGAUCAGGUACCACAUGGACGCAAGAGCUUGUUUGGCUUUUAUCAAACAACCUGGACUACGAGCGGGCGUUCCAGACUCCGCUGGACGCGCGAUUCCCAUUUCUGGAGUUCAGUUCUUUCGUUCACCCUCUAGUCAAAGAAGAAUUCCUCCAGGAAAAUAGUCACUCUAGAGAAAAAAGUUUACUAGUUGAAGAAAUCGCGUCACCGGCUUGGAAAACCUUCAUGCAAUCGAGUGACCGCCGCUUCAUUAAAACCCACCUCCCGUUUUCCUUAUUACCCCCAAACUUACUAAAAGUGGGAUGCAAAGUGGUGUACCUGGCGCGAAACCCCAAAGAUGUCGCUGUAUCGUUCUACCACCUCAAUCGCUUGUUCAGAACUCAAGGAUAUACCGGAAAUUUCCCUCAGUACUGGCACUACUUCAAAAAUAACCUACAACCGUGGACGCCAUAUUGGUCCCACAUCCACGAAGGCUGGACCCGACGCCACGAAGACAACCUUCUUUUCAUGUUCUAUGAAGACAUGACCGCGGACUUGAACGCCUGCAUUUUACGACUGUCGCACUUCCUGGGGGUGAAGUACACCCAAACACAGUACCAAACACUCCAAGAACACCUAAAAAUCGACAAUUUUCGGAACAACAAGUCCGUGAAUUUGACGGGUUUGAAGGAGUUGGGGGUCAUACGAAGCGACGAAGAGGAUUUCGUAAGGAAGGGACGAAGCGGGGGCUGGAGGGACUAUUUCACGGGCGAACUAAACCAAGACGCGGACCAGUGGAUCCAACACAAUUUGAAAAACACGGACAUCAGGUUUCCAAAACUUGAAAAUUUUUAUUAAAAUGAUGUUUUAUAAAAACUA